AGCUCCGCAUCUGUCAACAUUCUCGGCUCCGCCCGAGGCGCUCGACUCGCCCCCAUUGGCCCCGGUCCGUCCCUGCGCCCGCCCCUGGAGCCCGAACACCGCCCCCCAUUGGCUCUGCGGGCCGCCGCUCUCCCUUAUGUGUCAAUUUGAGGGCCUGAGGCGGAGGGUGGCGGCCGAGCGCCGGAGUCCGCGGAGUCUGGAAGUGCGGCGGCCGGGCGCGCGGGGCGGGCGGCGAGCGGAGCCGGCCGGAGCGGGCCGGGCAGCGGCCGCCGCCGUCCCGGGGGGGACAGGCGCGGGCGGGAGGAUGGAGCUGAACUCCCUGCUGAUCCUGCUGGAGGCGGCCGAGUACCUGGAGCGCAGGGAUCGAGAGGCCGAGCACGGCUACGCCUCGGUGCUGCCCUUCGACGGCGACUUCACCAGGGAGAAAACAAAGGCGGCCAGCCUGGUGCGCAAGGCCCCGAACAACAGGUCUUCACACAACGAGCUAGAAAAGCACAGACGAGCCAAACUCAGGCUGUACCUGGAGCAGCUCAAGCAGCUGGUGCCCCUGGGCCCCGACAGCACCCGCCACACCACGCUGAGCCUCCUGAAGCGGGCCAAGGUGCACAUCAAGAAACUGGAGGAGCAGGACCGCCGGGCACUGAGCAUCAAGGAGCAGCUGCAGCAGGAGCAUCGCUUCCUGAAGCGGCGACUGGAGCAGCUGUCGGUGCAGAGCGUGGAGCGCGUGCGCACAGAUAGCACAGGCUCCGCCGUCUCCACGGACGACUCAGAGCAAGAAGUGGACAUAGAGGGCAUGGAGUUUGGCCCUGGUGAGCUGGACAGUGUUGGCAGCAGCAGUGACGCGGACGACCACUACAGCCUGCAGAGUGGCAGCGGCGGCGACAGUGGCUUUGGGCCCCACUGCCGGCGGCUGGGCCGCCCCGCCCUCUCGUAGGCCCGUGCCCUCUGCUCCUUGGCCUGCCUGCUCGCCAGCCACGCGUGUCAGCCCUCCAGUUCUCCUUCAGUUGACGCCAGCCUCUCCACAGGCCCACUGCUGUGCCAUUCUGGAAGCUCCAGCUGCCGCCUGGGCUGCCUGGCACUGCCCGCUUGCCGGUCAGGGCCUGCCGAGCUGCCUGCCCCUCUCAGCUGGGCAGAGUCCCCUGCAAGGAGGCAGGGCCCAGCUUCCACGUCCGGAGCCCUGGUCAGCAUAGCCGCCCACGGUCUGUUCUCAGAUUCCUAAUCAUUCCAGAAGUAUUAAAUAUCAUUGCUGCAAACCUCGGCAGGUGCCGUGUGAGGGGCUUAAUGACCACCACAGGGAGCUCAGACCCCAACCCUGGAUCCCAGGAGAAAGGAGUGGACCGAGGAAGGAAGGAAGGCAAGGCUGUCUGUCCAUCCGUCCAUCUGUCCACCUACCCAUCAGUCCACAUAGGCUCCUAGCGUGGACGAGGGAUCUGUGAAGGGCGGGACCUGGGUGAGCACCUGGGGCAGGUGGGUGGUCCAGGUCCUUCCCACGUCGCAGGUGUCAGAACCUAGGGCUGGGCUCCCGGGGCAGGCCAGGCCAGCCCAGCCCACACCGAGCUGGGCAGCGUCUGCUCUGGUAGGACUGUCAGACGCACACACGCACGCACCUAGGUACACGCACUCAUGUACAUGCUCACACACGCAGACACACCUGGGCACCCCGAGGUCACCUGUUCUGGGGAUGAUGGCCUUCAGGGUCAUCUGGCAAACAUCAGCCCCUGGGCUGUGCCUGGUUCCCCCUCCAGCUCCCGCUCACCCACGCCCACCCAUCGUGCUUGCCUGUCUGCAUAGGAGGGGGGCAUCUCUUCCUGGCUAGGGCUGGGGUGAGCUGGAGGCUGGUAAAAGUUGCAGCCACUGGGUCCUCGGGGGCUUACUCAUCUCCCUUUUUUAAACAAAAAGCAAAAAAGUAAAAUGCUGCACUGCCCAGCAGCCCAGUGAAGGCUCCGGGAGCCACCUUAGGAAAGGGCUCUUUACGAGCUCUGCUGCGGCAGCCUCAGCGGGCAGAGAGGCUUCCCCCAAAAAAACAACCAUGUUUUAAAAAAAGAAAGCCUAAAGACUCUCGGCCAAGGGACGUCCGUGUGUGCCGCCUCUGUUUCCUGUACCAGAUUUUUGUACUCUAUUUUCCUAGCCAUUGUUGUGUCCUUGUUUGCUGAGGGGUGGGAGCCACCCAGCGUCUCAGGGACCUGUCCCUCUGUCAUGUCGUCAAAGUGUGCCUUGUGUCUUGUGUCUGGCCUUGCCCUUCCCACCAGCAUGUCCCUCAUGGCUCAGGGUGCCCCAGGCCUGCCCAACUAGUGCUGUCCUCCCAUCUCCUGUGGGCAGCCCCUCCCAGCAGCCAGGGCUUCCUGGGGGCGAUGCAGCCAGGCCCCUGUGGGUGGCAUGGAGGGACCUAGUGUUUGCCCUCCCCAGCAGCUGGCAGGGGCCUGCUUGCUCACUAGAGAGGUAGAUUCUCACCUGUCACCUGACUCGAGCCCCCUGCUUCCUGGUCUAAGUGAGGGCUCCAGGUUUCAGACACUGGCAGCCAAUGAAGACUGCUCACUGGGUGGUGCAGGCCUGGCACCAGGAGGCUUGCACCCUUCCUUCCUGACGUCCUCUGUCCUUGGGGCCGGCCCACAGCAGUACCUGCCAUGCCUCUGGUGCAUCUCUAGCCAAUUUCCAUAUGAUGGGAAAAAUUUGUGUCUAUUUCCAGUCAUAGGCAUAGAUGUCCCAGGGUUGGGGGCCCUUUGUGAUGGAAGGGGGUCCCUGGAAACAACUCUGGUACAGAACCUGCCCUGCAGGCCAUAGGGGGUGUGGUGCCUGGAGCUGAGGGGCAUCGGAACGCGUUGUGGGUGGUUGUGAGGAGGCCUGUCUGCAUCUCCUUCCGGCCCCACUGGGGGCCAGGGGCACCCAGAAAGGAGCUUCCCCUGCCUGCCUGAUUCUGUCCCCCCGAGGCUUCAUUUCAAACACUGCGGCACCUCUGAGCAAGGCGGGCCGUGUGCAAAACCUUGCUUCCCCAGCCAGCACUCCAGGGCCCUGAGGUGGUCAUGUCCCUGCCCUCAAUUCUUGAAGCACCAGCUCCCUGCCCCACCCUCCAGUGCCUGGGGCAGCUGGGGGGCUUCUGCUCUCAUCUCUCACCAGCAGAAUCCACCCAGUGACCAGUGGUGGCCCCUCAGCCGACCCUCCCAGCAGCUCAGCCUGUGGCUCUUGAGGCCGUGGUUCCCACGUGGACUGGGAGGCAGUCUCAUAGCCACCCGGGGUGCUGUUCAGCUGCCCCUCCCUGCCACCAGCAGGUGGGUGAAGGGUGGCCCACUGGGUGGGGGCUGGUGCUGGGAGUCACCAUAUGCUCAAACCUCCCACUGCUCCCUGCCAGGGGCCCAGGCUGCCAUCACUGGAGGCUGCAGGGACCAAGAGGCCAUCACCGUGUCUAGAGAGAGCAGACAGGAGCAGAACAGCGCCGGGGGCUCCUGAGCCUCUGCGUGUGCCCUCCCAGCCCACACCGGUGCUCUCGGCCACUGAGCACCCGGACUCAGGCUUGGGUUCCCCAGACUUACUGGAAGGCAGCUCCCGCAUACCACAUAGCAGACCCCCGCCAUCCUCACAGAGGGGAAAAGGCUGCAGCAAGGCUUUGCCUCUGCAGACCCCAUCUUAGUGGCACAGUGCUUGGGCCUGUGUUCCCCGGGUGGUGGAGCCCUGUACUGGUCUGUGGCCCUGGGGGCCCCACUCUGCUGUCUGCCCCAGCCCAUGCCGUCUGCUGGGCAAGGCAGGCUCCCCCGUGCCCUGCCUCCCUCUGUCAGGGAACCUGGGACCCCUCUCCCCACUGCCUGCACAGAGGACCCUGACCCUGGGCUAGCAGUGUGGCCCCAGGUCCAUGUUGGGCACUAGGGCAGGUUCCGUGCCAGAGUCGGGCCACACGAGGGCCUGGUGCCGGUGAGGGGGGUGUGCGCUAGAGGGGAAAGGGGCCCCCGCCCACCUGUCCACCGUGUGGGCCAUGCUGUGUCCUUAUGUCAUUGUAAUAUAAAUACAGAUUUUUAUAUCUCA